UGGACAGAGCCGAGCUACGGGAACCGCGGGCCAUGGCGGGCGAGGACCACCAGUGGCAGGGCAGCAUCCUCUACAACAUGCUCAUGAGCGCCAAGCAAACGCACGCGACCCCGGUGGCGCCCGACACACGGCUGGGGGGUGCAUGCUGGGGCUGCUCGUGUGGCGCCGAGCCCCCAGUGGGCAGAGAGGGGCUGCCGGAUGGACGGGCAGUGGCGCUCCUGUACCGCUGCUGCUUUUGUGGUGAAGACCACCCGCGGCAGGGCAGCAUCCUCUACAACAUGCUCACAAGCGCAAAGCAAACGCAAGAGACUCCAGAAGCGCCCGAGGCACAACUGGGGGGUGCGUGCUGGGGCUGUUCGUGUGGCGCGGAGCCUCCGUUGGGCAGAGAGGGACUCCCGGGUGGGCGGACCACGGUGCUCCUGUACCGCUGCUGCUUUUGCGGUGAAGACCACCCACGGCAGGGCAGCAUCCUGUACAGCUUGCUCACCAGCGCAAAGCAAACGCACGUGGCUCCUGAAGCUCCCGAGGCGCGGCCAGGGAGCGCGUGGUGGGACCGCUCUUACUGCGCUCAGAGGCUGGGGGGCAGAGAGGAGUUGCCGGCCGGGCGGGCCAUGGCGCUCCUGUACCGCUGCUGCUUUUGCGGGGAAGACCACCCGCGGCAAGCGGGCAUCCUCUGCAACAUGCCCGCAAGCGCAAAGCAAACGCACGUGGCUCCAGAAGAGCAGCCGGGGGCCCCUUGGUGGGAUCCCUCGUGUGGAGCGCAGCGGCGGGUGGCCCUCAAGAGCCCACAGGUGGUUUGCGAGGCAGCCUCGGCAGGCCUGUUGAAGACGCUGCGCUUCGUCAAGUACUUGCCCUGCUUCCAGGUGCUGCCCUUGGACCAGCAGCUGGUGCUGGUGCGCAGCUGCUGGGCGCCGCUACUCAUGCUCGAGCUGGCCCAGGACCGCCUGAACUUUGAGACGGUGGAGACCUCGGAGACCAGCCUGCUGCAGAGGAUCCUCACCACCAGGCGGCAGGAGACCACGGGCGACGAGCCGCCGUCCCAGCCCACGCUGCAGCCACAGCUCGUGUCGCCGCCCAAGACCGAGCAUUUGCCGUCGGCCGCCGAGGUCCAGGCAAUCAAGGGCUUCCUUGCAAAGUGCUGGAGCCUGGACAUCAGUACCAAGGAGUACGCCUACCUCAAGGGGACCGUGCUGUUUAACCCGGACCUGCCAGGCCUGCAGUGCGUGAAGUACAUCCAGGGACUCCAGUGGGGAACUCAGCAGAUACUUAGUGAACAUAUCCGGAUGACACACAGGGAGCAUCAGGCCAGAUUCGCCGAACUGAACAGCGCUCUCUUCCUGCUGAGAUUCAUCAACGCCAACGUCCUUGCGGAACUGUUCUUCAGGCCCAUCAUUGGCACUGUCAGCAUGGAUGACAUGAUGCUGGAAAUGCUCUGUGCCAAGUUAUGAAGGCAUGCGGGCCACACAAGUGCAGAUCAAUGUGAAGCACACACGAGGAACAGGGGGCAGAAGAGUGUCAAAUAGUGUAAAAUAAACUUUCUUAUUAUUUUUA